AUGGCUAUCCCCUUGGUUACAACGCAUGUUUUUAGGCAACAUACUGAUGAAGUAUGGUAUGUUGCAAUUUCACACAAUGGAAAACAUUUGGCCUCGGCAUCUAAAGAUAAAACAGCGAUUAUUUGGAGUCUUGAGACUUGGGAGCUGCUUCAUGUGUUAAGUGAACAUGCCAAUUUUGUGUCUUUUGUUUCUUGGUCUCCUAAUGAUUCAAUGCUCUUGACAUGUGGCCAAGAUAAUGAAGUUAAGCUUUGGAAUGUGCAACGUGUGUAUGGCUUCCAGAUGGCAAAAGCUUUAUAUCAGGGCGGUCAAGAUAAAAACACAUUUUUAUGGUCACAUGGACGUUCUCGGUGUUCCCCUAAUGAUUCGGGAUAUAUCAAAACGUAUAAAUUCUUAGGUACAAUACUAUAUAAAUGGCAUGGACCACGUAUAGUAGAUCUAGAUAAAGAAGGUACAAGGAUGGUGGCUAUUAGUACCGAAAAGAAGAUUCAUAUAUACGAUUUAGUUAGCAAAAUUGAAGAAACUAUUCUUGAAGAGGAUGCCCAUUCACAUCGGUAUACUUAUCGAAUGACGGAAAUUCAUUUGUGGGAUAUAGAUCAAAAACUACUCGUCCGUAAAUAUCAUGGGCAAACUCAGAGUAAAUACGUUAUUCGUUCCUGUUUUGGCGGUAUUGGUCAAGGUCUUAUUGUUAGUGGAAGUGAAGAUUCGAAUAUUUACGUGUGGCAUCGAGAGCAUGCUGCCUUAAUUGAAGUAUUGUCGGGACAUAAUGAUAUUGUUAAUAGUGUCCAUUGGAGUCCAGUUAAUCCUUAUUUAUUUGCAUCAGCCGGCGACGAUCACACUAUACGAAUAUGGGAAGCUACUGAUGCCACUGAAACGAAAGAAACACCUUAA